AUGCUAUUUCCCUCUCUUAGGAUGAUUAUUUCCGCACUUGGAGCCCAGGAAAACCAUUUGAUCAAGCUUUAGAUCCAGCUAAGGAUCCAUGCUUAAAGAUCAAGUGCAGCCGUCACAAAGUCUGUAUCACUCAAGAUGCUCAGACUGCUCUCUGCAUCAGUCACAGGAGACUAUCACACAGUAUGAAAGAAGUAGGAGGAAGCCAUAAGCAAGGGAGAGGUCUCCGGCCAUCCACCUGUAAGCCCUGCCCUGUGGCCUAUGGCAGCCCCGUUUGUGGUUCCGAUGGGCAUUCCUACUCUUCGCAGUGCAAACUAGAUUAUCAGGCGUGUGUCUUAGGAAAGCAGAUUUCUAUCAGAUGUGAAGGGCGCUGCCCAUGUCCAUCCGAUAAAUCCACAAGCACAGGAAGAAGUGUUAAGAGAGCCUGCAGUGACCUGGAAUUCAGAGAAGUGGCCAACAGACUUCGUGACUGGUUCAAGGCCCUUCAUGAGAGUGGGAGCCAAAAUAAGAAGACCAAAGCUCUGCUGAGGCCUGAGAGAAGCAGAUUUGAUACCAGUAUUUUGCCAAUUUGCAAGGAUUCACUUGGAUGGAUGUUUAAUAGACUUGAUACAAACUACGACCUGCUAUUGGACCAAUCAGAGCUUGGGAGCAUAUAUCUUGAUAAGAAUGAACAGUGCACCAAGGCGUUCUUCAAUUCUUGUGACACGUACAAGGACAGUUUGAUAUCUAACAACGAAUGGUGCUACUGCUUUCAGAGACAGCAAGACCCACCUUGCCAGACAGAGCUCAGCAACAUUCAGAAGCGACAAGGGAUAAAGAAGUUCCUAGGACAGUACAUUCCUCUCUGUGAUGAAGAUGGUUACUACAAGCCUACACAAUGCCAUGGCAGUGUUGGCCAGUGCUGGUGUGUUGACAGAUAUGGAAAUGAAGUCAUAGGAUCCAGAAUAAAUGGUGUUGCAGAUUGUGCUAUAGAUUUUGAAAUUUCUGGAGAUUUUGCAAGUGGAGAUUUCCGUGAAUGGACUGAUGAUGAAGGUGAAGAAGAUGACAUUAUGAAUGAUAAGGAUGAUAUUGAAGAUGAUGAUGAAGAUGAAGGGGAUGAUGAUGAUGAUGGAGAUGACCAUGAUGGAUAUAUUUGACCAGUUACAGCAAAAGUCAGCAAUGUCUAAAUUUUUAAUAUUUACAAAAUAAUAGCAUAUUGAGAAUUUCCUUCUUAUCCCUGAACAAAGUGAUUCUAAACCCCACAUAUAUUUUGUAUAAUUAUUUCGAAUAUUGAAGCUAAAGUCAUAGAACAUUAUGUUUAAAUAAGAAUUAUUUAAUUUUGGUUUUUAUAUGCCUUAGAAAAAAAGAAAACACAUAUGGGUUGUAGCCUGAAUAGAGAAAGUUGUGAAGACUAUCAUAACAAAAUUUUUAUAAGAACAAAUUAUGUAAUUGUUUCACAAACAAAAACCAAUGAUUGUGUGCUUAGGAUCAUAUGUGUUGGUUUUAUGACAGAUUUAAUAAGUUAAAUUUAUAAUAACUUACUAAUGACCUAAAUUAUAAGGAUUUUAUCAAUUAAUGCAUGAUGUUUCCUUCAAUUCAAAUUGGGCAUCUUCCCAAACUUCUGGCAGGGAGAGGAAGAAAGGUGACACAUGGUAAGACAAAGUUACCACUACUGAGUAUUUAUUAAGUGGUGAUUUUUUUAAUUAUGAAGUCAUUCUGGAUAUGUUUAGAUCAUUUUGUAAUGUUAACUAUGGAAAACUAUGGAUUCUGCGAGAUAAAAGUUUUUCUUCCUACUUUUUAAUGCAAAUUGCAUUAUGUAUCAGGUAGAUUUAUAAAAAUAUUGUUAAACAACAUUAUUUCUAGACUUUUCUAUCUUUCCAAUGAGCAUCUGGGUCCAUAAUUUUAUUUAGGAAGAAAAAGAUUCAUCUCAACCACUUCUUAAUUAUAUAUAUUUCAUUUGACUGAAGAUCAAAUAUGAAAAUAUGAAUUCUCAUUUUUUAUUUAAUAUAAAAUUUUGUGUUUAAUCUUGGAAUCAUGACAUUUUUGUUAGUAGUACUGGAAUUAGAGAAUGUGUUGUAUGGUGCCUUGCAAAAAUAGAGAUAGAAAGGAUCAGCAUGCAUACUGGUAUAGGAUAUUAGGCAAUAUUUAAGCACACAUAAUUAACAAAUUAUUGCUAUUAAAGAUACUGCUGGAAUGAAGAAAAUGGAAUAUGUUUCUUUCUUUUUUUCUAUUGUUACACAAUCCCAUAUGGACUUGUUUAUAAUUAUUGUGAAAAGUAGCAUUUAAGAUUUUACUGUAACAAAAAUUAUUUUGUUCACUAUACAUCAGUUAGCAUGUUCAUUAAUUGUGUAGACAUUUUGACAUACCACCUCCUUUGGGUAUAUGAGACCAUAGUUUUGUGCUCAGAACAGAAAUGGGAAAACCUGUUGAAUUUUACAUAUUGGUAUCUUUCACUUCAACAGUGAAUUUACAGAUUUCCUGGAUUAUUAUUCAUAGACAUAAAUUUGGUGAACUUGUUCCAUCUAAUUUCUAUACAUUAAAUGAAAACUUCAGUGUUGACCAUAUGUAAUAUUUAAGCUAUAAUGCAUUCUCUUUUUUUUACUGUUUAUGUAUAGUUUACAAAAUAAAGAAUCUUGUAACCAAAGUAAGCAACUCCUUAAUGAUUUUCUGGCAUCCAUAGUAGCAUGGGGAGUUUUUAGUUUGUUUCGUGAUUCUGGAAAAUGACAUACCACAACAACCAAGUCAAGAAAGGCUUUGUGAGUUAUUUUUCAGUUUCUAAACCAUAAUUGUUAGUAUCUUAAGGAGAGUUAAGAUUAUUUUUGUUGGUUGGUUAAGCUUAACUUGUUCACUUGUUAAAAUAUUGCAAAAUAAAUAAUUUUCUUUCCAAAAGAAUA